CUUCCGGUUGCAUAUGUCACGGUUGAAAAAUAAUUCACCUGAAUGACCGACUACCUGUCAUUACAGGUCAAAGUUGAAGUUGCAUUAUCACCGAUAGACGGCACUGCAAUGUUGUUAAGGCCGCCAUAUUUGAUGUUUUGAUGCCUUCGAAAAAUUGUAACCUGUAAAUCUACGGUUGUUUAAAUUAAAACAAUGUCAGAAACGGCAGUUGAAGAACCACCAGUAUCCACAACAAGCAAUACAUAUAUAAUUCGUCCUAAUUUUCAAAAUAAAUUUAGACCAAUAAUAGUAAAAGAAACAAUUCAUACAGUAUUGAAUGAUAGACUGUCUGGUAAAGUUUAUGAUGUAGAUGAAACAACAGACUUGUGUAGAGUUAUAUCAGAUGAAAUUAAAACAAAAUUAAAAGAUUUAGGUUAUGACAGAUAUAAAUUUGUAGUUCAAGUAGUAAUUGGUGAACAAAAAGGAGAAGGUGUCAAAAUGGGAUGUAGAUGUUUCUGGGAUUCUGAUACUGAUAACUAUGCACAAGAUAUAUUUAUGAAUGAUUCUUUAUUCUGUGUGGCAGCAGCUUUUGGAUGUUUUUAUUAUUGACAGUGUAUCAUUAUUAUGUUGGGUUCAUUAUCAUUGAAAAACAUCUUCGCCAAAGAUACAACAUAUGAAUAGUGACUGGGACCACCUGUUAGAGAACUGUUUUGUUAUGAGAAAGUUUACAUUAUAAUUUACCUUCUAAGUUAAAAAAAAAAGUUUCAUGUACAGUGAAAGAUAGAAUCUUGGCAUUCAAAUCUUAAGAGCAAUUAAACAAAAAGGGAAAAAUUAUUAACUUUUUUGAUUUUCUAGUUGAAUUUUAAAGACAUAAUGUUCUUUCAAAAAAUGAAUAUGCAAGAAUACUAUCGGAUAAAAAAAAUCAUUUGAUAAUAUUCAAACUGUGAUAUAAAUUAUAAUAAAUAUAAAUGUACUUUGUUGAUAUUAAA